GGAAUGCGCUGUUGGACUCACCUGCGCGCUCGUGGACACGCCCAUACCUGGAAGACUCAGGAAAUCUGGGAUUGUACACAGACUCGAGCUGUUCAGUCUUUCUGUUUAAGUGUCCAGUCACAUAUAGACCCCACCGAAGCCCGCGUGUGUCUGUCAGAGUCCAUGGCUCUUCAGUACCUGCUCCUCUAAAGUGACCAGUCCAACCAAAUAGAGUUAUUCCGGUCACGCCGGUCCAAAAGGCUUUCCUUGACCCACGAAGCUCAGUAUUUGUGUCUGCGACGCCUCUCUGCUCCCAGCUACCCGGCCCUUUUACAGAACCCAGUCAUGGAGGAGACGGUGUGGGAGCAGUACACUGUGACCCUACAGCGGGACUCCAAGAUGGGCUUUGGCAUUGCUGUGUCUGGAGGGCGGGACAACCCAAACGAAGAAAGUAGAGAAGCGUCAAUUGUCGUAUCCGAUGUGCUGCAAGGGGGUCCUGCAGAUGGCUUGCUAUUUGAAAAUGACAGAGUGAUCCAGGUCAACAAUGUGCCCAUGGACGGUGUCCAACACGCCUUUGCAGUGCAGACUCUCCGCAAAUGCGGCAAAGUAGCCAAAAUCACGGUAAAGAGAUCAAGAAAAAUCCCCGUCAGUGUGAUUAAACGUGGCGCGUCCCCAGACGACCGAGUCUUCAGCGGCGACUACAACGACGACUACGACCACGACCGGCGCAGCGUCUACAGCGGCCGCAGCUACCCUGACCGUGACGUGAGUCUGGAGCGCGACCGUGAUCGCGACUAUGAUCGCAGCCGCGGGAGGAGCAUGGAGCGCGGCGUGAGCCCCGACAGACAGUACAGACGAGACGGCAGCCGAGGCCGAAUGCUGGACCACGAGCGCAGCCCUGACCCCCGCUACCGAAGUGACCACAAACUGGAUCGCGAUCACAGUCCGGACCACCGCUACCGAAGCGAUCGCACGCUGGACCGCAACUACAGUCCAGACCGACGCUAUCGCAGCGAACACAACCUGGACAGAGAGCGGAGUCCGGACAGACAGUACCGCAGCGACCGGACACUGGACAGAUCGCAUAGUCCAGAUACGCGGUACAGGCCAGAACCGGCUCCGGGCUACAGCAGAGAGAAUUUAGCCAGCGACCACGAGCGCAGGAAGUUUGAUCCGCGGCAGGACGAACCCGUGAGGAAGAGUAGCAGUCGAGACCGGCUGGAUCACCUGCCCUCGCCGCCGCCGCCACAACGACACGAACCCCUGGAGAAGCCGCUCGGUGUUACUCUACUAAAGAACCGGCCCAAUGACGAAUAUGGACUUCGUCUAGGCAGUCAGCUGUUCAUCAAAGAGAUGACGAGCACCGGCCUGGCAUCCAAAGAAGGCAAACUACAGGAAGGCGACAUUAUUCUGAAAAUUAACGGUACGGUCACGGAGAAUCUGUCUCUGAGCGACGCAGGGAAGCUGAUUGAGAAGUCUCGUGGGAAGCUGCAGCUGGUGGUGCAGAGGGAUCGCAGUCAGGUGCUCAUCCGAAUCCCACCUAUGGCAGACAGCGACUCAGAAAUGGAUGAUAUCUCAGAGAUCGAGUCGUACCGCUCCUAUUCUCCUCAGGAGGAUCGGCGGAGUCAUCACUCAGACCUCUCCUCACACUCCUCUAAUGAGAGACUGCAGGACAAAAACCGAGAUGAGCCUCCUAACAGACUGGCUAAAAUGGGAGCGAUGCCGACUCCGUUCAGAGCGGCGCCGGUGGAGCUCCCGCCUCCACCUGUGGAGAAAGAAGAGCCUCGCAGUGAGUCUCCAGUUCCUGUGGUAAAUGCUGCUCCAAAAAGUGUUCCAGUAAAAUCCAAGCCUCUGCCAAAGGUUCCCCUGCGGCCCAGUCUGGAGGAUCAGGAAAUAUACGGCCCCAACACUGUGAUGGUGCGCUUCCAGAAGGGCGAAAGUGUUGGUCUGCGUCUUGCUGGAGGAAACGACGUGGGCAUUUUUAUCGCAGGCGUUCAGGAGGACAGUCCUGCAGAGAUAGAGGGACUCCGCACGGGAGACCAGAUCGUGAAGGUGAAUAAUAUGGAUUUCAGAGGAAUGGUCCGGGAAGACGCAGUGCUGUAUUUACUAGAGAUUCCCAAAGGAGAGGAUGCGACCAUCUUAGCUCAAAGCAAACCUGAUGUGUAUAAAGACAUCCUGGGGUCGGGACGAGGUGAUAACUUCUUCGUCAGAACUCAUUUUGAAUAUGAGAAAGAGCUUCCUCAGAGCUUGACCUUCUCCAAAGGAGAGAUAUUUAAAGUGGUGGACACCCUGUAUGACGGAAAGCUGGGUAACUGGCUCGCCAUCCGCAUGGACAAAGACAAUCAGCUCCUGGAGAAAGGCAUCAUACCCAGCAAGAGCAGAGCGGAGCAGAUGGCAAAUGUUCAGAACGCACAGAAAGGCGCUGCUAAUGACAGAGGAGAUUUCUGGAGGCUGAGAGGUCAAAGAGCAGCCAAGAAAAAAGACCUUCGCAAGAGCAGAGAGGAUCUGAGCGCUACACCCGUCACUACACGCUUCCCAGCCUACGAGAGAGUGGUGCUGCGGGAAGCUGGGUUCAGAAGACCUGUUGUUAUAUUCGGCCCUAUUUCAGAUGCGGCCAAUGAAAAACUGAGCAAUGAACUUCCAGAUGAGUUUGUCACAGCAAAGACCGAACCUAAAGACGCAGGCUCAGAGAAGUCGUCUGGCGUUGUGAGACUCAAUACUAUUCGUCAGAUCAUCGAGCAGGACCGACAUGCUCUGCUCGACGUCACCCCAAAGGCUGUAGACACCCUAAACUACACCCAGUGGUAUCCCAUCGUCAUUUUCCUCAAUCCAGACAGCAAGCAGGGGUUGAAGACCAUGAGAAACCGCAUGGUUCCCGGCUCCAACCGCAGUUCACGCAAGCUUUACGAACAAGCAGUUAAACUGCGGAAAACCUGCUCACACCUGUUCACUGCUACCGUUGAUCUGAACUCUUCCCAUGAUGCCUGGUAUGGAAGUCUCAAGGAUGCCAUACGAGAACAACAAGAUAAAGCUGUCUGGGUCUGUGAAAGCAAGCUGGAUGGGACUGAGGAGGACUUGGAUCUCCAAGAUGACCGUAUGUCAUACCUGUCAGCCAUGAGCGCAGACUACCUGAGCAUGGACAGCCGUCUGACCAGCGAUUACGAGGAUACGGCGGAUGAGGGCGGCGCGUACACCGAUAACGAGCUUGACGAGUCCACCGACGAGCCGCAGCCGAUGUCAGCGAUCAGCCGCUCAUCUGAGCCUGUCAGCGAGGAGAGACCCAUACCUGUUCCUCAUGAGCGUUUAAAGAAACCUGCGAGCAAAGAAGUGCAUCGAGACCCCAGCCCGCCUCCAUCAUUUGUCCCUGAACCCCCUAAGGUCCGGGUAGCUUCACGUCCUGCAGACUCCAGGAGCUUCGACUCUCGCUCCAGCAGCACAGUCAGCAGUGAUGCUCCCGUCUCUAGCAAACCUCUUCCACCGCCGGUAGCCCUGAAGCCCAGCUUCACCUUGAAGACGGGCCCAGCAGACGACACCACCUCCAACCACCCGCUCGAUGACCCCGCCAGCCGCACCUUCCGGGGAAAGGUGAAGGCCUUCGAGCAAAUGGACCACCUGGCCCGGGCUAAAAGGAUGCUGGAGCUGCAGGAGGCGGAGCAAGCGCGGCUGGAAAUAUCUCAGAAACAUCCAGAUAUUUAUGCAGUUCCCCACAAGCUCAAACUAAACCAAAACAGGCCUCAACCAAUUGGCUCCAGCUCAAACUCUGAGUCCCACAGCUCCUCCAAAGCGCCGUAUUCAGAGAGCCGCUCUCACCACCGCGCCGAUGAUGAUGAUGAAGAGGAGUAUCGCCGGCAGCUGGCCGACCAAACCCGCAGAGGCUAUCCCCAGAAAUACAACGACACUGAACUCUAACACCCAGCGUCCCACAAACACUCACCGCGUCCGUCUGUGCAUGUCAUUAUAAACGUAAUCAAGGUGUUUCUAGUAGUUGUGUUAGUAAGAGCGACCGUCAUGGAACCACAGAUAAAACACACCUGCAGUAUAAACACGCCAUUUAUAAAACACCAUCUUUUUAUACCUGCAAUGCUUUUAUAUGAAAUUUCAGUGUAUAUUUCUUUUUUUUUUUCAGACUAUUUGUACGUCUUUAGUUUUUAUUUCUCCCACGAUGCCAUGUAUCUGUACUAAAAGCUACUAGAUGGAGUUAACGUUACACUCUCCUCAUUAACACUGCUGAAGUUUGCCAUAAACCAAACGUGAAAGUGGGUUAAAUGUUAUUUUCCAAAACAUUUGCUGAAGUGCCUUAAUAUCAUCGAUCAAUCAUCUAUUAACUUAUGCUUAGCAAAUGCUUGCUGCAUUACUAUGAUAUAAUUGUUAAAAACUGGCUUAUGAUAUAAUGUCACAUCAGUUUUUAUAUUGAUUCUCUGAGAUCAUGUGUAAUGUUCACACUAUUGGUGUGUGUCUACGAUCAGUGCUUUGGGUUUAACCACUAAUAAAACAGUUGUGGGAUUUUUACAUUUUAAAGGCAAAUAAAUAAACCUCACUUUUAAUGUUGUUACUUUGCUUGUCGUUGUUCAUGCUUUCCUCACUGUUGCUAUUAAUAACCCAAACCAUAUGUAGAGCAGAAUUUAACACAUUCUGAAUUUUUGGGUAUGUUUAAAAGAUUUGUUUGUAUUAUUUAUAGUAAUUGACAUUAUUAAUUGUGCUAUUAUAUUUAUGUACGAAAGCUCUACAGUCUAAAUGGUUGAAAAUUUGCGCUACUGUGCAAUUUAUUUUUAAUGCUUUUUAUUUAGCAAUGGUGCAUUAAAUUGAUCGAAUAUUAAA